CUGUCUUCCUCUGCUUUGCAGCCGGAGGAGGUGGCGGAGCAGCUAGCGGGCAGCUGGCGCCCCCCCUGCACAAGCCUCUGCCCCGGGGACUAGCCCCGCACUCCACUGGUUCGCUAUGAUCGCCACCGGCGGCCUGCUGAGGAUUUCUGCCAGAAAGCAGGAUCCUCUCCGCCCCCCGAGCCAGGUCCCCAAGCGCAAGCGGAAAGCCAAGAAGAGGCGCAAGAACGACGUGGUGGUGGUGAAAGGCAGGCUGAAGCUGUGCUCCGUCUCUGGGCUCAUCGCCCUCUGCGGGAUCCUGGUGCUGCUGGUGGGCAUAGCCAUGGCGGUGGUGGGCUACUGGCCCACGGCCAACGGGGCCACUAGGGAGGGGGCGAAGCAGCUGCCGCCCGCGGGCAGCGGCCACCGCGUCCCGACCACGGCCAGUGGCAGCAGCACUGGCAGCAAGAACCGGUCCAGGAGCCACCCGGGGACUCCGGGGGGUGUCAACUCCAGUUCCCUGGGCGCGCCGAGGAGCACGCCUCCAGCGCGGUCCGCCGCCCCUUCUCCGGCCUCCUCCACGUCCGUGGGGUUCUUCUUCCGAGUCUUCUCCGGCUACCUGCACUCUGACAAGCUCAAAGUCUUCGGGCCCCUCAUCAUGGGCAUCGGCAUCUUUCUGUUCAUCUGCGCCAACGCGGUGCUCCACGAGAACCGAGACAAGAAGACCAAGGUCAUCAACCUGCGGGACCUGUACUCCACCGUCAUCGACGUGCACAGCCUCCGCGCCAAAGACCUGGCGGCCGCCGCCUCGACCCCGGCCCCCGCCUCGGCGCCCGCCGGGGCCGCGCCGCUCAACGGCUUCCUCGGCUACGUGCAGUCGCGGGGCCUGGAGCUCACCGCCAGGGGGCAGGGCGGCCGCCUGCCCAGGACCGGCAGGUUCGCGGCCCCGCGGCGCCGCAGCACCAGCAGGCUCCCGGACCACCGGGCACCUCCGGCCCCUGAGCCCCCGCCUUCUCCGGGCAGCGCGGACCUGGACUCGAGCCUUCCGGCCAAAGCUGCCUCCCCCUCGCUCCCGCUGCGGCCAGAGGACUCGCCCCCCACCAGGCUGGACUCGCCGAGCUCCCUGUCGGACGACCGGUCCUGCAGCAGUAAGAGCUACAGCCCACUGCGGGAGGCCGGCACCUCCUUGGAGUCUGUUGUGGACGCAGUAGCCAGUAAAAGCCCAGACUGUGAGGCCGCCACCGCCCCGGGUGCGGAGCAGAGCCCCCCGGAGGGUCCCAGCCAAGAGCCACCCGCGGCCGAGCCGCCUCUGCCGGUGCAGAGGCAGUUUACAAACAGAGAGAAACUCUUCAUGAUUUCCCGGUCUCACGCCUUUGGGGUAGAGGACGAACUGGAAAGUACUGGCAUUUAGGGAAAGAGGGAGCCAGAGAGGAAAGGAGUGAGAAAUGGGAGGAAUGCCCACUUGAAUCAGUGAAUUGAACAGUUCCUCUUUCCUGGUGGACUUAUGGGAGGAAACCAUCCAGUACCCAAAGAGCUGCAGAAUGUUCUUGAAUUCCUUCACGAGAUUCCUGGAGACAACUCCAGGCAUUUUUUAAGAGCAAACUAGUCUUUUAUGUCAAAUGGUGACUGGUAUGUUCCAUAAAACCAAACGUAUCAAAAGGUCAGCAAUCUAGUGUGUUA